AUGAAAGAUUAUCAAUUAUUCUUUUUUGCUCUUCUCAUUACGAUCAUUCAUUUAGCUGUUGAAGAAAAAUGUGUUGGAUGCUCCAAUAUUGAAAUGUAUCAAAAGCGAAUAAAAACAAUGCGAUAUGGACCAUUUGGUUAUUCAUACGGUUUUCGCAUAUUUGGAGCUCAUAGUUUCAGUCCAUUUACAGUUGGCUUAAAAUUAAUUUGA